AUGUAUCAAGAGCAGAAAUCCGACAACAUGGCUUCUCCGCAGAACUAUCCUCCUAAUCCCAACUCUGCUCCGUAUCCUCCAUCGUAUCCCAACUCUGCUCCAUAUCCUCCAUCGUAUCCUAACUCUGCUCCGUAUCCUCCACAAUACGGCCAACCUCAAACCUUUAACAAUGUGGUGGUGAAUUCUCAGCCUGCCAUGAUGGCCGUAUCUCCUGUUCGUGUGACCUACAAGGAUUACUUGGGAUUGUCCAUCUUCAACCUUAUCUGCUGCUGCUUGCCCCUUGGGAUCGCCGCUCUGGUUUAUUCUUGCAAGACUCGAGAUUCCUUGGCACGCGGGGACAUGGUUUCUGCUUCCAGUGAGUCGCGGACGACGUUUACUUUGAACAUGGUAGCCCUGGGAAUAGGAAUUACUGUGAACAUCAUUUGGAUAGCGCUCGUUAGUUACUACACAUCAAUCGUCUACACUUAUUCCAAUUCAAACUAUUAUGGCUAACGCUAAUCCCUGCGUGUGUGUUUGCUGUGUGUUUGCUGUACAUUCUUCCUGAUUUGUUUUCACUUUUUUUUCUUAUAUAUGAAGUGAUUGCUAAAACUUAGCGUUUUGUUUGCCCAUCACAUUAUAAUAAAUCUCUUUUCUUAUUGUCGUUUGUCAGUAUUCUAUUUUUUGCAUUCAGUGGUCAUUAGUUGAAUUGUGCUGCCAUCUAUUGGUGAAAGCGUGCAAGUGUGCUUCUCACG